AUGACAAUAAAUUAUUGCUCGCUUGUUCAUGAUGCACGCGUGCCGCUCAGUGGUCGCAAUUCACAGUUCUAUUCGAAUCUUUAUUCAGUACGUCCUCACAUUCUUGUGAUGAACAAAAUAGAUUUGAUUGACAUGAAACUUUAUAAGAAACCUAUAGAAGAAUAUUAUUUUGGGCAAGGCGUCAAGCACAUCGUAUGGACUGACUGCAAAAGGAGACGUAAAAAGGAGUUACGUGAAUUACAAUCAAGAAUGAUCGAAUGCCUUCAGAGCGAACCUCGUUUCAAUCGAGCCGUCAAGACUGAAUACCAGGUUAUGGUCGUUGGGAUUCCGAAUGUUGGUAAGUCGUCAUUGAUCAACUCGUUACGCUCCAACAAUCUUGGCACUAAACAAAGCGCUGUGGCUGAAGGUGCACGACCAGGUGUAACAGUGCGCGUGCAGAAUCGAGUUCGAAUCUUGGACCGACCCGCUGUCUACAUUCUAGAUACCCCGGGUGUGUUGCACCCAAACAGUCGAAAUAUUAAUGAAUCGAUGAAGUUGGCUGUUUGUGACCUUAUUCUCGAAAGUGCCACUCAACUGGAGUAUGUUGCUGACUAUUUACUGUUCUGGUUGAACAGAAUUGGUGACUAUUCGUAUGUGGAGCAUUUUAAUUUGAGCGAAGGACCGUCAGAUAAUAUUGGCAGAGUACUGGUAGGUAUAUGCAAGUCGUUGGAUAUGAGGCAGUCGUGUACGAUACCCGGUCGAGGACAAACGCAACGAUGGGAUUUAGAGAAUGCGGCGAGAAUGUUUUUGGAUUUGUUUCGGAAAGGUAAACUGAAAGAUCACUGUCUUGAUCGAGAACUGCUUUUGCGCAAUUACUGA